AUGCUAGUGCUGAAGCGCUCGCAGCCGAUGCCAUGGAGCAACGAAGGGCUAGACGCUGCGAAACGGGAAGAUUUAAUUGCAAAUGGAACGGAUCCUCGUCAGCAUUCCCCCACAGCGGAUUCGGCAAAGGAUGAGUUUCACUCGUUCAAAACUGCCUCCUUGCAUAUGGAUGGAGAUAGAGAUAGGCUUGAAGUGUUCAAGGAAAUACGGCGACUUUGCGGUGUAAUCGUUUAA